CGUAGUCAUAUAUUCAUUAUUCGAAUAUUCUUUACUCGUUAUAAAUGAAACAUAGUUUGCUAUAGUGAAUAACGAAUAAUCGUUCGUUCCUUUCUUUCGAGGUUUACGUAUUACGGCCCAUCUCUACCAAGCAUAUUCACAAAAGUCAGACGAUUUCAAAGCGAUGGAUCUGGCUCAGUUUAUUGAUACAACAUAUUAUGAAUUAACAUCUAUUAAGAAACAAACUGGAGAUGAUUUGAUAUGA